UUUUGGGGGGGGGGAGAAGAAGGAGAGAGGAAUGGAAAGGGGUCCCUUUGCUCAGGUGGGUUACCUUGAAAUAUGUUGUUGCGAAGCUUUGGCGCUUUCCUGCCUCACUCGCAAAGAGGCUGCUGAGGUGAGUCGCUUGUGCUGGUUGAACCUGAAGGAGAAAAUAAAUCGCAGAGCUGAGGCGUCCGUCCGACAUUGCUGCUGAAACGGAGAGAGGGGAAGGAUCCGUCCCUGUCAAGAGGAAAUGGAUGUGAGGCAAGAGGCAGGAGCUGCUGGGUUUUUGGAGCCAGAAAUAAAAAUGGAGGAGGAGGAGGAGGAUUCAGGAGGUCCUGAAGAAGGAGAGGUCAAAAAAGGAGCAGCUCUCCUCAAAAGCGCUGGGAGGAGCUGGGUGGACGCUGGUCACAAAGUGAAACAGGAACCGGAGGAAGAGAUGUCCGGGAAUUGGGAUGCUCGCUUGCAAGAGUUUCUGCAGAGGCUCCAGACUCCUCCUUCGGUCGGGGCAACCCCACAGCAGCCGGAGGAGAAGAAGCCGCGCCAUGACCCUCAAAGGUCCCCGGGGCCCUCCCAGGGAGGGAGCGAUGCCAACAAGGGGCCCGAAGGAUUGUGGGGCUCCCCAGAGCGUCUCCUUGGGGAGAUUGGACUGGACCCCAGCACCCCUCUGGCUCCCCCGCCGGUUGGGAAGGAAGAGGAAAGAGCUCCAGCGGGCAGUCCCGCCAAGGCCGAGAGGCAGCGCCAGCGUUUCCGCCGGUUGCGCUACGAAGAGGCCAGUGGGCCUCGCGAAGUGUGCCGGCAGCUGCAGGAAUGUUGCCGCGAAUGGCUGGAGCCUGAGAAUCACACCAAGGAGCAGAUCCUGGAGCGGGUGUCCCUGGAGCAGUUCUUGGCCAUCCUGCCCCGGGAGAUGCAGAGCUGGGUCAAGGAGAGAGGGGCCGAGACCUGCGCCCGGGCCGUGAGUCUGGCCGAGGAUUUCCUUCUGAGACAUCCAGAGGCUGAAAUCAGGGAACGGCAGCUCACAGGGUCGUCUGAAGAGCACCUUGCCAGUUCCCCCGAGGCAAGGGAGGCCGUGCCAGGCCAAGGAAAGCUGCGGCUUCCCACAGAGAGCGAACACGGGUGUAAAGGGAACGGAGCCCUGUUGGCACGUGACGGGUGGCUCAGCGAGAGCAAGGAAACACAACCCUUGGUGUGCAGUCCUGAGCAGAGGGAUCGACUCACCACCUCCAUGAAAACAGGCCAAGAGAGUGGUUCCAUGUGUCAGGGAGGAGCUGAGGAUAACCAGCAUUCAGCAGAGCGACCAAAUGGAGCAACCCGAGUGGAUCCGUUGCUUCAGCCACAAGGUGCCUGUGAAGGAAUCACAAGGCUGGCUACCCAGGAACAGGAGAAUGAGGUUGGGUAUGAUGACUGUGGGGAAGAACCUCCCCUUAGUGUGCCCGAGGAUCCUGAAACGGAGGAGAAGCCAUUCAGGUGCUGGCACUGUGACCAGAGUUUCAACAGCAGCGUAAAGCUUGUGACCCACGAGAGAAGCCACGUGGGCGAAAAACUGUAUACCUGCUCCUGUUGUGGAGAAAGUGAGAGAACGCAUACGGGCCAGAAGCCCCAUAAAUGUUCACACUGUGGGAGUACCUUUGGCUGGAACCCACAGGAGAGAAUCCAGGGAGGAGAGAAACCUUAUACCUGCUCUGAAUGUGGGAAGAGCAGCAGCCAGAGAUCCGACCUGAAACACCAGAGGACGCACACGGGUGAGAAACCUUAUAAAUGCUCUGUGUGCGGGAAGAAUUUUAGGAACGGCUCAGAUCUGAAAGUACACCAGAGGAUCCAUACAGGUGAAAAACCGUAUAAAUGCUUGGACUGUGGGAAGUGUUUCAGCAGGAGUUCCCACUUCACAUCCCCUAUGAGACAAUCCACGCAGCAGCUUCAGCCAAAAGUCCGAAUUUACUGUGAACACAAGAGGGAGCAACAAGACCCCGAGGAGAGUGCUGAGAGACCAAAGGAGAUCAAGAGAGAACCUGAAGAUGAAGCUUCUCAGGCUGAGGAACCAAGGAAGAAACAGAAACUCAUGAUGGAGACGAGAAGGGUCAGGUCAGAGAGUCCAGAUGUGGAACAUGGCCCUCAAGAGCCGGACGGAACGCCAUCGCCUAGCCCUCCGUCUUCUGCUGGCACAAAUCCUCCAAUGACGUCCAAGGAACAAGAGGAAUACGCAGCCGCUUUGAUUUAUGUGAUGGGCACGGACUUCAUUAACCGGCACGGCGAAGCUGGAAGAUUCAUCUAUUCUCUCCGUAAAAAACGCGUGGGAGGAAGCCAGACUUGGAUCCCGGGUUGGAUUCAUUACAAGUGCAAAAAACUGAUCCUUUUUCAUUGUGCAGAAAGUCCAAAGAAACCCAAGAGCAAGCUGAAAUGUUUUCAUCUGGGCAACAUCACCCGGAGGCUUGCCAUCCACCAGAGAGAGUGUGCGCCGAUGGAACUUUGUCCUUGUUUGACUAACUUUCAACAGAUACACGUACGCCGAAUUGUUCACGAUUGGGCCCAUCAGUACGAACAUGAAUCUCAACCUGAAUCCCCAGGCUUGCCUCCUGGAACGAGCCAACAGCCGGAGGAACAGCAGCCACAAGGACAAGACGAAGAAGAGUAA